UCAUUUUUAUAAUUUGUUAUUUUUCAAAACAAAUUAAAUGUGUUUUUAAAAUUAAAUGCGUAAGGAGUAAACAAUAAAUUAAUGGAAAAUUAAUUCUCCAUACGGAAGGAAGAAAUCAUUAUUUGGAAUAUAAAUUAAAAAACAUGGUGUAUUAUUUUGAAAGUGAUGUUGUUCAACCACCUGUGGUUUUGUUUAUGGGAGUUGAUAAACAUGAAAAUGAAGAUUUAAUUAAAUGGGGAUGGCCAGAAGAUGUUUGGUUUCAUGUCGACAAAUUUUCAUCAGCUCACGUGUAUUUACGUCUUGCUCCGGGACAAAGUAUUGAUGACGUUCCAAGCUCAGUGUUAGACGACGCGGCCCAGCUAGUGAAAGCGAACAGUAUUGAAGGAAACAAAGUAAACGACAUUGACGUUGUGUACACAAUGUGGGCUAAUCUCAAAAAAACUCCUGGUAUGGAAGUGGGGCAAGUCGGGUUCCACAAGGAAAAAGAGGUUCGGAAAAUUCACGUUCCCAAGCGGAUUAACACGAUCGUGAAUCGGCUCAACAAAACAAAGCGCUCUGAAACCCCAAAUUUGAGAGCGCUGCGCGAACAAAGAGACAGAAACGAGCGGGAAGACAAGAAGAAAUUGCAGAGAGAGUUGAGGGAGAAGGAAAAAGCUGAGAAGAAACAGCGGGAAGAAGAAGCUGAAAUCAAGAGCUACUCUGCGCUGUUCUCUCACAGUAAAAUGACGGCGAAUACGGAAGCCGGCUAUGAUUCGGAUGAUUUUAUGUAACAUGUUAUGGUUACUAUUACUCAUUUUAUUUAAAAUUAUAAAAUAAAAAUACGUGAGUAAAAAUUUCAAA